AUGCCGACCGCGCUCCGAGCGAGCCGCGCGCGAACGCCGACGAGCGAAAGCGCGCACGCGGUCGAUGGCUUGCCCGGCACGCAACCGCGCGCGAAGAAAACAAAGGAAGUGAGCGGCGAAUCGCUCGGCAAGUACCGAGGCGUGUACAAGUGGAAAAAUGGAAAAUACCGCGCGAUGAUCAAUAGCGAGGGCAAGACGUACGGGCUGGGCGUGUUUAGCGACGUCGAGGCGGCGGCGAUGGCGUUCGACCGGGCGAGCAUCGUGCUCGGGAGGCAACCGAAGAAUUUCGCGACGUCGAAUCGGUAUGAAUUUGAGUUGGACGAGCUCUCAAAGUUGAACGGGAACAUACAAGCGUUGCGAAGGAUGACGAGCGAUAGGGCGCCGGAUAAGUCGAAGAGUAUGAGCGUGUAUAGAGGCGUGCACCGGUGCUCGCGAACGGGACGAUAUCGGAGCGAGAUUGAACACAACGGUAAAAAGUUUAGCUUGGGAGUGCACGCAAAGGAGGAGGACGCCGCGAGGACGUACGAUCAAGCGGCUAUAGUGUGUCUCGGCGGAUUGGCCGUGACGAACUUCGAUCGGCAGGAGUACCAACUCGCGCAUUUAGACCAUUUUGCGGGUGAUUUAGACAAAUAUAGAGCGAGCUUACACAUCAAGAUUCGAAGACAAGGUACCUCUCGAUCCCGUUGUACGAGCAAGCACGAGGGUGUACGCAAGUACGAACACACCUGGAAGAGCGGUAAGAAGACUGUCAAAUGGCGUGCCGAAGUUAAGGUUGAGGGUAAAUCGAAACAGUUGGGUUAUUUCCGUUCCGAGGACGAAGCGGCUCAGGCGGUGAAGACAUUCCGCGUUGGGUACGCCGCCACGGCCACGGCGGGCGCCUAG